AUGGUGCUGAGUCUCGUGCGGCGGGCUCGGCUGCUGGGAAGCAGUCACUCGACGCCAUCACCAACGCUGUCACCCGCUACAGCAGCAGCAGCGACGACCAGUCACAGCAACACUGCGGCUGCACACUCAUCGCCAGUGGCCAAUGCAUCGACUACCACGAGCACUGCUGCUGCUGCUGCUGCUGUGGGGAGCCAGAGCCAGAGCCAGAGCCAGUCGCCGUCAUCCGCACGCGGUUCAGUCGCGUCCAGUCGCACGCUGCUCUG